CGUCUGCCUCUGAAUCUAGCCCGGGAACGGAGUCGGAGGAACUGGGUUUGCGCCGCCGCGGGCGGGCGAGAUGUGCUCCUUGGGGUUGUUCCCCCCGCCGCCGCCCCUGGGUCAAGUCACGCUAUAUGAGCACAAUAACGAGCUGGUGACAGGCAGUAGCUAUGAGAGCCCGCCUCCUGACUUCCGGGGCCAGUGGAUCAAUCUUCCUGUCCUACACCUGGCUAAGGAUCCCCUGAAGACUCCUGGGAGGCUGGACCAUGGCACAAGAACUGCUUUCAUCCACCACCGGGAGCAAGUCUGGAAGCGAUGCAUUAACAUCUGGCGUGAGGUGGGCCUUAUUGGGGUGCUGAAUGAAGUUGCAAGCUCAGAGGAAGAAGUGUUUGAGUGGGUGAAGAAGGCGUCUGGCUGGGCACUGGCACUUUCUCGCUGGGCCUCCUCCCUCCAUGGGUCCCUGUUCCCCCAUCUCUCUCUUAGGAGUGAAGAUAUGAUUGCUGAAUUUGCCCAGGUCACAAAUUGGAACAACUGUUGCUUGCGGGGCUUUGCCUGGCACCCCCACACCAACAAAUUUGCAGUGGCCCUGCUAGAUGACUCCAUCCGGGUGUAUAAUGCAAACAGCACCAUAGUCCCCUCCCUGAAGCACCGGCUGCAGCGAAAUGUGGCGGCCGUUGCCUGGAAGCCCCUCAGUGCCUCUGUCCUGGCUGUGGCUUGCCAGAGCUGCAUUCUCAUCUGGACCCUGGACCCCACCUCCUUGUCUACACGGCCCUCCUCUGGCUGUGCCCAGGUGCUCUCUCACCCUGGACACACACCUGUCACCAGCUUGGCUUGGGCCCCCAGCGGGGGGCGGCUGCUCUCUGCUUCACCUGUGGAUGCUGCUAUUCUUGUGUGGGAUGUCUCCACAGAGACCUGCGUCCCUCUCCCCUGGUUCAGAGGAGGGGGCGUUACCAACCUGCUCUGGUCCCCGGAUGGCAGCAAAGUCCUGGCCACCACCCCGUCGGCCGUCUUUCGAGUCUGGGAAGCCCAGAUGUGGACCUGUGAGAGGUGGCCUACACUGUCGGGGCGCUGUCAGACCGGCUGCUGGAGCCCGGAUGGAAACCGACUGCUGUUCACCGUGUUGGGGGAGCCCCUGAUCUACUCCCUGUCCUUUCCAGAGCGCUGUGGUGAGGGGAAGGGCUGUGUGGGAGGUGCCAAGUCAGCCACCAUUGUGGCCGAUCUCUCGGAGACAACAGUCCAGACACCAGAUGGAGAGCAAAGGCUCGGGGGAGAGGCCCACUCCAUGGUCUGGGACCCCAGUGGGGAGCGCCUGGCCGUACUCAUGAAAGGAAAUCCCCGGGUACAGGAUGGGAAACCAAUCAUCGUCCUUUUCCGCACUCAGAACAGCCCGGUGUUUGAGCUCCUUCCUUGGGGGAGCCCGGGGCACAUGCCCAGCUCAUCACGUUCCAUCCGUCCUUCAGCAAAGGGGCCCUGCUCAGUGUGUGCUGGUCCACAGGCCGGAUCGCCCACAUCCCUCUGUACUUCAUCAAUGCCCAGUUUCCCCGCUUUAGCCCGGUGCUUGGCCGGGUCUCAGAGCCCCCAAUUGGGGGUGGAGGCUCUGUUCAUGACCUGCCCCUCUUCACCGAAACAUCCUCAGCCUCUGCCCUGUGGGACCCUCUCCCAGGGCCACCACCUGCUCGACCUCCGCCCCCGCUCUAAUAAAAGUGUUCACUCGGUUCCCAGCUGCUGGCUGCUCUAGGUGUCCAGAGCUGAGCCCUUCCACAGGGCUGACAGGGCAAUGACUUUCAGUAAAUUGCUACUCUUGUC